GUUCGGCCCGCAACGACGAUCUCUAACCAUUUCGAUCUGGAGUUUCCACUCCGUGCCGUCUAUCCCAGACUCCUCAUGUCGGAGCUGUCACGGCUGUCACAUUAGCCUUACUUAAUUUCCGUGAUGAAAUCAGCCUACACUUCUAUUCCUGAGCCUGGAUCACACAUAAUACCCACUGAACUCAAUACUCCGCAUAACUAUAGAAACACACAAUUACUCCAUGAUGUUUCAAUUUACCCGCUCCCUGCAGCGGUAUAAAUCGUCUUCGAAUCCUUUGGUUUCUUCACUACGGUUCAAACCAUCUUCGUAGAAUCCCAGCACCAUCCAUCCAUACUGCCUAGCACGGCAGAAGAGACCACCAUGUUGCUAUCAACCCACCUCCUCUUCGUCAUCACCACCCUCGUUACCUCCCUCCUCCACCCCAUCGCCGCCCAUGCCGUCAAGCGCAGUGGCAGUCUCCAACAAGUCACCGAUUUCGGUGAUAACCCUACGAAUGUAGGCAUGUACAUCUACGUGCCUAACAACCUGGCUUCGAAUCCAGGUAUCGUGGUUGCAAUCCACUACUGCACCGGCACCGGCCCCGGCUACUACAGCGACUCCCCCUACGCCACCCUCUCCGAGCAAUACGGCUUCAUCGUGAUCUACCCGUCCAGCCCAUACUCCGGCGGCUGCUGGGACGUGAGUUCGCAGGCAACGCUGACACACAAUGGCGGUGGAAACAGUAACUCCAUUGCCAACAUGGUGACAUGGACGAUUAGCAAGUACGGGGCCGAUAGUAGCAAGGUGUUCGUGACGGGAUCGAGUUCGGGGGCUAUGAUGACGAACGUAAUGGCAGCAACCUACCCCGAACUCUUCGCCGCCGCCACCGUCUACUCCGGCGUCUCAGCCGGGUGCUUCUACUCGAACACCAACCAAGUAGACGGAUGGAAUUCCACUUGCGCCCAGGGUGAUGUAAUCACCACCCCCGAGCACUGGGCCAGUAUUGCCGAGGCAAUGUACUCGGGAUACUCGGGAAGUCGUCCAAGGAUGCAGAUCUACCACGGUAGUAUAGAUACGACGCUGUACCCUCAGAACUACUAUGAGACGUGCAAGCAGUGGGCUGGAGUGUUUGGGUAUGAUUAUAGCGCACCGGAGAAGACGGAGGCGAACACCCCACAGACGAAUUACGAGACGACGAUCUGGGGAGAUAGUCUGCAGGGGAUCUUUGCGACGGGUGUGGGUCAUACGGUGCCGAUUCAUGGGGAUAAGGAUAUGGAGUGGUUCGGAUUUGCUUGAUUGGAUGAUUGAAUGGUUUAGCCUGGGGGUAUCUUGGAACCGAGAAUGAUGAAACUCCUGAAGUAUGAUAUAUGGACGAUAUUGCGUCAACGAACGUUUCUUGAA